CAGGAAAAGCAAGUAAAAAGAAACUCACGUGGUUACCAACAGACCUGAGAGGAAAAAGCGUAAACAUGAUCUUCGUCAAAAAGAAUUGUCUUCACACCAAGUUUUAACAUCAUGGCUGGUUGUCUUCCUCUCCUGUAUUGUUGGCUUUUGGUCGCGCUUUUCUACGUCUUUUUCCUGGCAUUUCUCGCCUACCAGGCCACUUUUUUUGAUUCCUUUCAUGACAUCCUGGGUUCCUGUUCGGAAGCCCACGCGGCGAAUCCGGUCGUCACCGCAUCCGGAGGAGCUGGUUUUGACCUGGAUAGGUUCUCCGGUGACUGGUACGAGGCGGCGCGGAUCGCCAAUCCGUUCGAGACCGAGCCAAAUUGGCUGGACCGUAUGCAAUGCAAAAGCAUCGUACUAGUAUGAAUUGCAUAUACAAAUUUCCUCAGCGUGACAAAUGCAGUUUGUAAUGCUGUUUUACCUUAGGAAGAAGAUUUGUCAUGCAUGUUUGCAAUUAGUACGAGUGCGAUACUUUUGCACGUGAUAGACCGGUAUGAUCUCCUAUUUGUGACUGACAGCGGAAAGGACCACGACACGGAGUUGCAGCACGACAGCAGCAGCGCGAAGCGAGGGAUCGAUAGAGAAGGUGGAUCAUCUCUAUUGGCGAACAGCAUACAAGAUUCGGAUCAUAUCUCGUCGCGGUCCUCACGACAAAGUCAACGACAAAGAACCUCAACGUGGUCCGAGAAACUUGUAGUGCGGUUGUUUCAGCAACUAUUCGACCACGUACCGGGGGGAGUCGUCGUGGAUCGGGUUGCAGCACCAGCUCCAGUAGAUCAUGAAGAAGAUCAGGGGCAUCUUGAGCGCGGCUCUCCCGGCGAAAAGCAGGUUUCUAGUCGCGCCAAAGCACGACCAGCAGCAGCAGAGUCAGAGGCGACGGAUGGUGCCGCGCGACGUCUUCAUCCAGUAAAACUAAAAGAACUACAACACCUCCGGCCACAACAAGCAGUAGCAGAUGAGCAGGGCCAGAUGAGGGCUCUGUUGCAAGAACCUGUAGUAGUUCCUGUUGGUACUACGACAGACACUGACAAAUCUUCACGAGCGCGGAAGGCACCACCACCAGGUGUAUCUAUUUAUUCACUGGACGAUGAUGAAUUCGAGUAUCACGUCCACAAUCCGACUGUGUUUCACUAUUCCCGGUCUCUCCCGCCACCGGGUUCCUGGCUUGUGAACUGGCUAGACCCGUGCUUGCUACACUUGCCGUUCCAACUUAACAUCCCGUUUUGCGACGACGACAGUGUGCUGCAACCUGCGGCGGAGCGCAGACCAGGAGUUUUGGAGAAGAGCACGGACAGAGAGGACGAUGACGAACUUCUCGCACAAGCGAUUGAGCAGGCAGAUGAAGUCGAUCAUGCAGAGAAGAAGUCAAAGUCUACUUCAGCACUACCAGCAGGGGUUGUGGUCGAUGUGCCGCGUGAAGGUGGUUACCUCCAAAGAGGACAACUGGAUGACAACCCCGACGGCGAGAAGAUACACCCGAGGACUACAGCUGCGACCAGGGUAGAGCCAGGUUCUGGCACAGCUGAAACUGCAGCAGCGGAGGACGUAGUAUCUUCUUCACGACCACCCGCUGGAUCUUCAGGAAAAGGAACUGAGAAAACGGAAAACAAACACAAUCAUGAUCCGCAAGAAACUAAAGAAACUGAAAGGACACCAAAAUUACUAUUUUCCUCCGGGGAGAAGGAGAACAUCCACAUUACAGAUAAGAUUAAGAAAGGCGUGGACCCCUACCUGCGUCUGCGCAUUCGUUUGCCCAAUAACCUCGUCUGGACCGAGCACGACGCGAUUCUCAAAUGUGCCCCCGCAGACCCGAUUCCCGACCCGGCGACGAACAGCUCCAAGCCGUCCGGUAAACUCUCCGGGGACUGCGAGGCGCGGUUUUCGUGGUUCCCCAUUUUGUUCCGGCACACGGUGACCGCUACGGACUAUGAGAGCUACGCAACCCUGUAUAGCUGUUUCAGCUUUGGUGGGAUCUUCAAGUACGAGUACGCGUGGGCACUGGUGCGGCAUUUACCGCCGAGGAUCUUUGUGAAAGACAAUAAAGAAGUUGAUUAUAUAGGUGUUACUGACAAGCAUCGGCGGAAAAUAAAAGCAGAGCAAACAUACGCUGCGAUGGUGGCCGAAAAUGUUGCGAAAGUGCAGAGCAUCGUCGGGACCGCUCGACGGUUUAUCUUUCCGCGCUUAGUGGAACAUCAAGACAGUGGUGCUAGAAAGGAAGUGGAAGUUUCAGGGGACCAGAAAGUAGAGGAGCAUCUGCUUCGAGAAGCAGAGCUGCUCGCGUUGACUCCCACACAUCUUCAGCAGAAGGUGGAUAUUGGAGAAAUGCAGCAAGAAACUAGAACUGAAACAUCAAGAACUAAUUCGUCGACAACCAGAGCUGGAAGAUCAGACGAGCAGAAAGAUCUGUUUCAAGAUAGGGCAGUACCAACAGACAGUAUCCAAGAAAGCGAGAACAAGGUGAACAAAAUUGACAAAGGAGUCAGAGGACAAGAAGCGAAGGUUGAGGCAUCUAGUACAGCGUUAGGACCGCAGCCGCGAGUAGAGGCUACCACAAAAAUGCAAACUCCAAAAUACUAUGUCGAAGAUGAAAUACAAG